AUGGUCAGAAGGGUUGAACAUCUUCUAACGUCUUCUCUACCCUCAACACCAGACACGAUGGACUUUCUGUUUGGGAAAAGGAAGACUCCUGAGGAGAUGCUGAGGCAAAACCAGAGGGCACUCAACAAAGCAAUGAGAGAAUUAGACAGAGAAAAAGCCAAACUAGAGCAACAAGAAAAGAAGAUCAUUGCCGAUAUAAAGAAAAUGGCAAAACAGGGACAAAUGGAUGCAGUGAAAAUAAUGGCCAAAGAUUUGGUUCGAACAAGACGUUACGUUAAGAAGUUUAUUAUGAUGAAAGCCAACAUUCAAGCCGUCAGUCUAAAGAUUCAAACACUCAAGUCCAACAACAGCAUGGCUCAGGCAAUGAAAGGAGUCACCAAAGCUAUGGCCACAAUGAACCGACAGUUGAAACUUCCUCAAAUCCAGAAGAUAAUGAUGGAGUUUGAAAAACAGAGUGAAAUUAUGGAUAUGAAAGAGGAGAUGAUGAACGAUGCAAUUGAUGAUGCUAUGGGAGACGAGGACGAUGAGGAGGAAAGUGACGCUAUCGUAUCGCAAGUGUUGGAUGAGCUGGGCCUAAAUCUGACAGAUGAGCUGUCAAACCUGCCCUCUACUGGUGGAAGUCUGUCAGUGGCUGGAAAGAAAGCAGAACCCCAAGCUGCUUUGGCCGAUGCAGAUGCUGAUUUGGAGGAGCGCUUGAACAACCUUAGAAAAGAUUAA